AUGCCAGGACUCGGGCACUCAGGAUGCGCUCAUAUAGUGGUAUCUCUAGGCGGUGUUAUUGUUGCCAGCCGCAGGGAUGGCCACUGCGCUUCUGACACAUUCAAAACUGAGCUGAACCUUUGCAUGGAUUGCGCCCUAAAAUACGAGGUUUGGCAAUACUACGUUGAUUCGGUGUCCAAGGCUGGCACCGCCUGCGGUCUUGAGGCCAAUCCUGUCGAGUUGGCCUCCGCCGUCGCUGGAACAACUUCCACUACUAGUGAGACUGGAGUCGCAGACCAGGAGCGAGUGGAGGAGGCGUAG